GCUCCCCCAGCCGUCUCCCUGCCGCCCGGCCACAGCCUCGGCGGAGAGCCGCCCCUCCCACCCGCGCCAUCGGUGCCUCGGCGCUCGCCCAGCUGCCGCCCGCGCGAGGAGGAGGCCCCCUCUUCCCUCAGGGCAAUGUUUUGCACAAGCAACAGGAGCAAAAGCUACUUUCUUGCUAUUAGCCUACUUCUCUAGUGAUGAAUGGCAUGCCAUUGUUCCACUGCUGCUGAGACCUGGAGUGUGUCAGUAUCUUUGGAGUCCUUGGACCACUAUGGCAACGAGCUACACACCUCCAUUUGAUGACCCCGGGGAGGUGAGAGAGGGUUUUCUGUGCCCCCUUUGUCUGAAGGAUCUGCAAUCGUUUUAUCAGCUUCAGUCUCAUUAUGAAGAAGAACAUUCAAGUGAAGACAAAGAUGUUAAAGGACAACUUAAAAAUCUGGUCCAAAAAGCUAAAAAAGCAAAGAAUAAAUUGUUGAAACGAGAAGAUGACCGAACUGAUGGAGGCCCUCAGGAACGAUAUGAGUCUUACAGCUAUGGUGGAGUGGAUCCAUAUAUGUGGGAGCCCCAAGAAUUAGGUGCUACGAAGAGCCAUCUUUCUGAUUUUAAGAGACACAGAGCAGCCAGAAUUGAUCACUAUGUUGUGGAAGUCAAUAAAUUAAUAAUCAGGUUAGAAAAGCUUACAUCCUUCGACCGAACCAAUACAGAUUCUGCAAAGAUAAGAGCAAUAGAGAAGUCUGUUGUGCCUUGGGUUAAUGAUCAGGACGUGCCAUUUUGUCCAGACUGUGGUAACAAGUUCAGCAUAAGGAACAGACGUCACCACUGCCGCCUUUGUGGGUCUAUCAUGUGCAAGAAAUGCAUGGAACUGGUCAGCCUCCCAUUUGCAAGCAAACUCACCACUGCUAGCAAGGAAGCCUUGGCCUCUCAUACUAGCCCAAACUGCUCACCCAACAGCAUUCAGGGCUCUCGCCGUGGCAGCAUCAGUAGUGUGAGCAGUGUGAGCUCUGUCUUGGAUGAAAAGGAUGACGAUCGCAUCCGCUGUUGCAGACAUUGUAAAGACACUCUGCUUAAAAGAGAGCAACAGAUUGAUGAGAAAGAGUACACACCAGACAUCGUGAAACUUUAUGAGAAACUCCGACUUUGCAUGGAAAAGGUUGACCAGAAGGCCCCAGAAUACAUAAAGAUGGCGGAAUCAUUAAAUGUUGGAGAGACAACUUACAGUCUGGAACAUGCUAACAGUCUUAGGAUGGAGGUGCAAAAAAUGUAUGAGUUAAUAGAUGCUCUAAGCAAGAAGAUUUUGACUCUGGGACUGAAUGAAGAACCACAACCUCAUCCCCGAACAUUGCAGCUUCAGAGAAUGAUCAGAUAUUCAGCCACACUUUUUGUUCAGGAAAAAUUGCUUGGUCUGAUGUCAUUACCAACCCAGGAGCAAUAUGAAGAAUUGAAAGAGAAAAGGAAACAAGAACUGGACAGAAAACUGCAGAUGGAGAGACAGGCAACACUUGAAACGCAGAGACGAAUGGAGGAGAAGCACAUGGACUAUGCUUCCAGAUCUUUGGUAGCAUCUAACGGUGAGGUGUCCUGGCCAAAACGGGUUGCAGUAAAGAAAGCUGAAGGUUGGCUGCCCACUGCGAACUUAUCUCGCCAGCAGGAACUCACAGACCCACUUCUGCAGCAGAUUGACAAUAUAACAUCCUUUAUUAAACAAGCCAAAGAAGCAAAUCGUCUCGAUGAGGUCCAGAUGUUGCAGGAAAACCUGCGACAACUUCAGGAUGAAUAUGAUCAACAGCAAACUGACAGAGCUAUUGAGCUUUCUAGAAGGCAAGCCGAGAUGGAGGAGAUGGAGAGGGAACAAUUGCAGAUCCUUUGUGAAAAGGAAUGGGAGAGGGAACAUAAAAAACGAAUGUCUCAGCACUCACGGACACGUUCCUUGGAUUUCAGAGAAGUGAAGCACAGUAAGUUAGAGAUUGGGAAGGAGAGCAUAAACCAAAUAGCACAGGCUUUGGACCUUGAUACUACUCAGAAUACAAGUAACCCAGCCUCUAAAGCAUCUUCACCAUGUGGUGGUGACAAGCUCCAAGCGCAAGAGAGCCCAGUCUUUCCCGGGCAAUUUGUAGAGAUCCAAGAGCAUGACAGCGUAAUAGAGCAAAAUAAAAAUGUUCCCAUAAACCCUUUUGAAGAUGAGCCAGUAAUUAGCACUCUAAAGAGGGAACCAAAUAAUCCCUUUGCUGAAGAUUCCUCCACAGUGGCUCCCUUGCCCACCCAAACCUUGCACAGUGAUAAAAAAGAAUAUAACCCAUUUGAAGACGAUGAGGAUUGUCAUCAAGCAAAUGGAGUAGCUGUCAGUGCUCCGAAUCCCUUUAAAGAUGCUGUUGGAAAUCCAUUCCGUGUGCUCACAGCUCGUCAGGAAUCUGGAAAUCCAUUUGAGGAAAUGUCUUCCUCCACGAAUCCUUUUGAAGAGGAUGAUGAUAAUGAAGUGUCAAGGGAAGACAUCAUAGAAGAGGAGCUACUGCUCCAACAGAUAGAUAAUAUAAAAGCUUAUAUUUUUGAUGCCAAACAUAGUGGGCGGAUGGAUGAGGUUGAGGUGCUGACUGAGAAUUUGAAAGAACUGAAACGCACACUAGCAAAACAGAAGGAGAAAUCUAGCUAGUUGCUGUUUCCAUGCACAUACAACUUUACACUUCUCUGACUGUCCCAGAGGCAAAGGCGGGCAGGUGGAAUUAAAAUGCAAGAGGGAAUUUUGGGAUUGACUCUAAUUGUCUGCACUUUGGCGUGGGUAUUUCCACUAUUAUUCAGACUUUGCUAAUACUGUCCACACUAUUAUGAUUUUGUAAUAACCUAAAACUGUGUCACAGACCAUUUACAAAUCUAAAACGUAUCACAACCAGUUUCUAUCACAACCUAACCUCUUAACAUUGUCAUGCUUCUUGGCAUUCCUUUUAUUUCAGAUGUAAACUCUGUAGGCUAAUACGGAAACGGAUGCUUUAAGGUGCAGGAAAAUACAAUCCUUCCCUCUGUGUUUGGUUGUUGCAGUAUUACGGACUGGCCUUCUAAGCUGGCUUUUCCACUAAUAAGGGAUCCAGAGUGUCUGGUAAAUUCUGUGUCAAGCAUGAAAUAAGAUGGUGCCUUUAGCAAAUGUGUGUAACUGCCAUCUAUGCUAAGGGCAAGUGUUAAAAAGCAGGUUGCUGAGAUGCAGUGUGACCUGCACAGUACCAAGGCCAAUGAUCUGACUGUGCAAUACAAAAGAUAAUAUAAAGGGAUUUUAAAGUAGAUUUGGGUAGAUGUGAUGUUAUAGACAUAAUAUCUGUUUUAGAAAAUGUAAACCCCAAUGAACUUCUGUUCCCUCCAUCACCUGUUUUUCAGGGCUUUUUUAUUUUAAUAGCUUCCUCUAGCGAACCCUGGGAACAGCACCUUUUGUUGAGGGUGCUGAUUUUUCUUGUUGCUUUCUCUCAGAAGUUGCAAUUCUCAAAAUUCCCUGGCUAGCGGAAAUGCUAUGACUGUUAAAACGAUAACUGCAGCAUGUGUGUGUGUGGGGGGGGGAGCACCAGUUAUAUACUAUAAGGGAGGAAGUCUGAUUUCAAUGGAAAAGCAAACUGUUAGCCAACUAUGAUCUGAUCAUGUGAAGAUGGCCUUCCCUCAGCUUUUAAACAACACUUAGCUACCUCUCUCAAGGUUUGACACCUGUUUUGAAUAUAAAAUAUACUGUCCCCUUUAUAAAUCCAGAAUGGGAUCAGGGUGUGUGCUCCAGGAGAGCACAAAACUCAGAUGUUUGGGAGCUUAAUCUACCAGCCAUUGUUGCUGUGUAGUUUCUAUUAUUGCUGUGGAGGGUCUGUGCAAGCCCAUACCCUGUCAAUCUAGAGGCUGUGAACCAGCAUAGCUUGGGAUUGGGUGGUUAAUUUUUCCAUAUAAAAAACUGGUUAAUUAUGUCCUUUGGAUAUUUCUUUACUCACUGGAUAUUUCCAGUUCAAAAUAUGAACUGGAAUUUUGUGAAGGUAUAAAAAUAAUUGUAUGUAACUGAAGGGCUAUCAAACAAUUUCUGGUUUCAGUUCUGCUGAAUGAACAUGAUUUGGUCGCAUUUGAUUAUUUUUUUAAGAAUGAAGAGCAAUUUGAAUGUCACACAUGGGGGCUGACUCCUGAGGAUUAUUAUGGACUUCUAGAAAUCAAAUUUUGCUUCAUUCAUGAGUGGGGGAAAGGCCCAGCCGUUGGGACCUGAGUUAGCAAGACACUAAUAGCUGGUUCAGGAUUUCUAAACCUGAACAGUAAUUCAAACUGUUGGGAUUCCAGAAAAAAUGUUUACAGAGAUGUGUUGUUACUUGGAGGGUGCUUAAUAUGGUCAAGAGCUAAAGUAGCACUUUACGGAAUCAAUUCUAUAUAUCUUCUUUAUUUGGGGCAUGGCUUUAGGCGAUUUAGUAAAAACCCCUUUCCUUCUAGUUUCCCUUUCAUUUGAUUUUUCUGUCUGCUGGGAGGAAUGUGCUCAGUUACAUAACUAAUUUAAUAUACAUAGUAUAUUAAAUACAUAGUGUUUCAGUGGUAGCUUUGGUGGGCCGGGGUAGGAGGAAAAUGAGCUCAGCUUCAAAAUUAAUCUGAUUUACAAAGUAUUGACUAAAACUAUGUCAGCUUGUUUAAAAAGCACUCAGAAUUGUGUUGAGCCAUCCUGUGGAAACAGACCUGAAGACAGCUCUGAGGACAAGAGUACUAAGGGCAGAUGACCUAAGAAUUUAAAGUCAUCUUUUUCUUUUUCCUAAUUGGAAAUGACUGGGAUUGGGCUUGCGGAACAGGUGCACCUAACAAAUCUAACAGGAUAGGCUAUUAUCGGGUAACCAGAGAUGUGUAGUAAAUAAAGAAAUUUAUGUAUAUAGCUAAAGUAAGCAAGCACCACAGCUUUUAUGUGACUACCAGCUAAGGAGCAGUGGUUUGUCUAAAACAAAACCAUCUAUAUACUUUAUUCUAGGCAGCAAGACACCAGACUUAACUGGAAUACUUUGUAUAUCCCAGCCAAAAUGAAUGUUUCAGUGGCUUUUUGUUUUUUUUUUACAUUUAAAAUAUGUUUCCUUGUCACAUCAAUUCUGCCUUGUUUUUAGGUACUCUGUAGACUAAUACUCUUUAAAGACAUAGUAUUGAUGUAUUUUUACUAGUAACGAUGUUGGUUUGUAGCUCCAUGACUGCAAGUCAAUGUGAAAUGUAACUAGCCUUCUUGAUAGGAUGGUGGUAGACUCACAUUUUGACAGCCUUCCAUUUGUACUACUGAAUUUACACUAUGAAACAGAACAAAACCAUGCCAUUGUGAGAAUUAACAUUAAAGACAUCCAUUUAUACACUUGCAUGCACUACUCUUAAUUUGCAAGCUUUGAAGAAAUAAAAUAACAUAUUGGUUUGUA